UUGUUCAGCGUCAGUUUGUUUUGUUGCUACUUAUAGAGCUUCCUGCGCUUCGUAACAAAUUUCAAUCUGAAAGAGUCGAUGACUCGUUCUAAAUAUAAUACAGUGAUUUGAGACGCUGGAAAUGACUGAAUUUAGAAAUCUUAUAGAAUGUAACUCAUUCUAAAUAUAAAAGUACCCCAAUUUCAACGAACUCAGUAUUAGAUGGUGAGGCGCUUUGCACAGUUUGAAUGAGUGUAAUAUUGUGAAGUAUUUUGUGCAUUUGAUCAAAAAUAAAGCUCAAAAUGUCGGGUCAAGUGUCCGACGCAGUGAAAAAAUGCUGUGCAAUUUUGCAAAACUCUACAAGCGAUACGGAGAAAUUUGCUGCCUUAUUCAUGGUCACAAAAUUAGUUAAAGGAAGAGAUUGUAACUUGGCUGCAAAGAAAGCUAUCUUCAAUGCCAUUGGUUUUGAUUUUCUGAAAAGAUUGCUGCUUACAACUGAUGUUCCUGUAGAUUGCCCACCAUCAAUCUAUAAAUCCAUAGCUCUUUCAAUAUUGACAGUGUUCUGCAAUGAAGAAGAGUUGGCAUGCCUUCCAGAAUUGCUAGAAAACGUUCCAAUAUUGCUGGAUAUCGUGAAACAAUCAGAUAAUAGUGACUACGAUGAUAAUUUAAUGGCAGUGGGUGAAGCUUAUAAUUGUUUGAAAGGCAUUGCUUCUUAUCCUGCUGGACAAGAUGCUUUGAUUAAUGCAGAUGGAGUAACUAAAAUGAGUGAAAUUUAUUAUCAAGGAAGCUUUCAGUCCGAUGAAGCUCUUCAAGUACUUGUUUUACUUAUAUCUCGAAAAGGAACCAAUAGUUGGGAUGAUAAUAUUAAGGCAUUUCAUACUUUAAUGAACAAAAUAGCUUUAGACUUUGAAACUGACCAAGACAAAAGAAAAUUCGAAUUGUGUGAAAUAUUGAAAAUUUUGAUGUUCAAUUGCCCUCGAAGGGAAAUGAAAGAUACAUUUCUCACUGAAUCUUGGCCUCAGAGUCUGUACAAAGGUUUGAGUGACAUAUUACAGAGUAAAAUUGGUGCACAACAGAGAAAUCCAGCCCUAAUGUUAGCUGCUAAUGUCAUUGAUAUAUUGGGAGUUGAAUGGGUUGUACAAGAGGAAGAAAAGUGUAAACAAUUUUUUUUACUCUUGAUACAGUUGGCUGCUGUUGAAAUUCGCAUGCAACUUGAUGGUAAAUCUUUAAAAGCGGCUAAUUCUAAUGCCCAGCUAAUUACUGCUUGUUACAUUAUUCUUGAAUUAUCCAUGACUUAUAUUGCUACAGAUCAGUUGGAAUUGGAUCAGAAAGAAAAACAAACUCUCUACACAGGUCUGAAAGGUGCCUUCACUGCUGUAAUAAAUUUCUUAAUCAAAAUAUCAAAUGAUAAAAAUCGACCUGUUGGUGAAGAUAAGUUAUUUGUAUGUGCAACCAUAAGAGUUUUAGCUUCAUGGCUAGCACAAGAAACAACUGCAAUGAGAGCCCAAGUGUAUCAGCUUUUACCUUUCAUACUUGAAAUGGCUAAUGAAACAUUCAAUGCAUACAAGUCAAUAAAAAUUGCAGAAAAAUCAGGAAAAACUGAUGAUUCUCUAGAUCCCUUGGGUAAAGUAGAUAUCCUAAGAAUUCUUAUGCCGGCUCUUUGUCAUCUUGCAGUGGAGGAUACUUCAAGAAAAAUACUUCUGAAACAGAAUGAGCACCAAGUCCUAUAUGAAUUUAUUGAAUUUCAUUGGACAAUCGUUCACUAUAAACGUCCACCAGUUCCAAGGUCUGAAAGAUUGAAAGUUUUAGCUCAACCUAAGCUAGAGUUGUCACAGGAAAUAUUGGAGGACAUGAAAGAUUCCCGAAUUGCUAUGAUUAGUACCUGUAAUGUUUUCAUGAACUUAACCGUCCUUGAGGCUAAGUUUGUUGAUGAUUCUCCAGUUUUUAAUAAUUUGAUGAAGUUCAUUUUUGAAAAUUUGCCUGAACUGAGAGAUAUUCCAGAAAAUUUGGUUCUUCAUGGAAAUCUAGCAGUUUUGGGAUUGCUGCUAUUGAAACAAAUGACAAAUAAAGUCAAGAAAAAUGAUUUCUCCAUUUGCAGAUAUAUUCAGGCAACAAUACGAUUUCUUUGGGAUGCAUAUACCAUUGAUGAAAGUAACGAUCCAACUUCAUUAGUUGUGGCUAUGUCAUAUAAGGAAAAUUGGAUGGAACUGGCUGAAUUGUGGUUCCUAGGAAUGCAAACGAUGUCUAGUGUUAUUUCACUGAUACCUUGGAUAUCUGAAUUUGCUAUUGAGAGCGGUUGGGCGGAGGGAAUAAUAAGUUUAUUAAAAGAAGUAAAAAUCGGUUCUCUACCAUCUAAUGUAAAAUUGGCUUUUGAAGAUUUUCUUUGCCACUUAGUUGAUGCUAAUGAAUCUGUUGUUAGUGUUCUCAAAAAAGCUGAUGCCCUGAAAGUGUGCAAAAACCAUAGACUAAUGGAAUUUGGAAAAAAAUUGUUUGGAGAUUGAUAUGUAUGCAAAAAUGGAAUAACCAUUUCGUAAGGCUGAAAGAAUUUAAUAUUUGAAUAUUAAGAUAAUACGAAGUUUUGUGAUUUUAUAUAAACAACUUACAUUGUUUUUUAUGUUUUUUUGAAUUAUAUAUACCUAAAAAUAACUGUUUCUAUUGAUUAAAUAUAGAUCAUACAAUAUUUUUUUGGAUGCUUGCUGGGAUUAUCCAUACUAUGAUCAUUUUAUAACCACUGAACUUCAUUUGCUGAUUGGUGAAAAUUUUUGUUUCAUUUUCAAAAGUUGAUUUAUGUAAACCUCUGAAAAACAAAGUUAUAUCUUCUGAGUACCUGAAAUCAAAUGCCAGUAGUUUCUCACUCUAUAUGAACUAGUUAAAUAAAAUUCUGUUAUCCUACAGUAAUCCUCU